CUCUUCUUCGCAUCCACCAACAGCGCCUUUCGGCCACGACACACACGGCCACACAUCAAGCACCAAUGUCAUUCUCCUUCCACACUGGAAACAUGAGCGACGUGGACAUGAUGUUCGACGUAGACCCGGUGCCGUUCGGCGACAUUGACAUCAGCAGUCCUGACGCGGACCUUGACCGCCACGAUUUGGACAUGUUGAUCAACCCCUCAUCCCACCACCUCCACACGAUUAGCGGCCCCGACAUUUUUCAGACCUAUCACCAUCACCAGCAGCAGCAUUCGAAUCAUCACAUGGUUCCACCGUCGGCUCCCGCGUACGGGUCCCAGCAGUCGACACGGGCAACGAACGAACCCAUCAAAGUUGAAACGUCCCGGCAGCAUGUGCCACCGUCCACAACCAACGGCUUCCGUCUCCCAUCUCAGAACAGUGGCGCAGUGUCGCCGCCCAGUUCGGAAACAUCCCGCUCGCAUCAUCAUUUCCAAACCGACGAGGAACUGCUUGCCCAACCAGUGGGGAGCCUCACCGAAGAAGAGAAAAAGCUGCGUCGACGCGCCCAAGUGGCCAAGUCCGCGCGCAAGCAUCGUAAAGGCGUCAAAGAGGAGCUGGAGAUGCUACGGCAACAAGUCAAGUAUUUACAGGAGCAAAUGGCCAUCAAAUGCGCCGUGGUCGCCGAAGACGACGCCGCGAGGAAGCGCCAAAAGGCCGAGAAUGGCGGCGUGUCACCCGUGGCCGCGGCCGCCGCUACGACCCCGGCGUCAACGUCCCCCCAAACGUCGUUUCAUCACAUUUACGCGCACUUGAACGCCAACGUGGACGACCGCCGCCUGGCUCUGAUCAACCUCGCGGACCGCACCAUGAGUCAUGCCGUGUCGAUGGUCAUGGCAGACCAGACGCGGGACUUCCCGUACUUUGACGUGUCGUUAAACAACCGCGGCCCCGACAUGCAAUUCCAACUCGUGCGCGGUAAGGUCAUUCCCGACGUGGACCACCGCACGUUGGCCUGUGCAUGUUGGAACUCGGUGUUGGACUUUUCAUUUGACAUCCAGCGGCGGUCGCUCAAGGGGCUGGUCGAGUACGAGAAAAUCAUGAACUUGGACGACGACACGAGGUAUGGCCGCAUCAAGAUGCCGAUCCUCAAGUCGAGCAAGAAGGACAAGCAGCUCAUCUUUAUGGAGUCGCUGUUCCUGGUGCGGCGCAAAAUAUAUGACAAGCACUCUGUGAUCAUGUGGAACUCGAUCGACCACGACGACUUGUUUCCAGAGCACGCGGACGGCAACACACUGCGCAACGUCGAAGUGGGCUGCGCCGUGCUCGAGCACAAGACCAUGCCCAACGGUGACAAGAGCACCAUCAUGCGAUGCGUCGUGAGGUCCAUGCCACCGGUGCGCGCGCUGGCUGAACCCCGCGGCAAAAUCAGCGAAGCGUUCUUGACCACGUGGUGUCGAUGCUCCGACUUUUUCGACGACGUGACCCGCACGGAGCUGCGCAAGUUUGCUGCCCGACAGACGACCCCCACGGUUACCCUCCAAAGCCAGUCGUAACCCUCUGAUAAUAUUAUUGCCAACCCCUUCUAAUUCA